AUGUCGCCAGAGACGCGGCCGAGUUUCGACAAGAAGCCUGCGUCUACCACGGCACUCUCUCGUAUGAGCCGUCCCCGUCAUGGUAUCACAUGGGCAGGCAGCGAAAGCGCAAGCACAGUGAAGAAGCCACUACGGCCACGAAGGCGUUCUGCCAGUACCGAACAGGUUCCCCGAAUCGGCGAGACCGAGGAGAAGCCAACGGCUGGAAUGCUCAACACGUUCUCCAAACCGGCCGUCGCAGGCGUAGGCAUGAAGGCCCGCCGACUCAGCGUCAACCUGCCAGACGAAUUCAUUAUUGACUGGUGUGAUUUGGAUAAAGAGUUCAAGAGCUCGAGCCUCAUGCCAGGCAAGCGAGGCAAGAUCCUGGGCAAGGGGGCGACUUCUGAAGUGAGAAUCAUGGCGCGAAGGACAGCAGUUGCAAAGGACGAGGAGCUAGUCGCCGUCAAGGAGUUUAGGGAACGUGACAAGGACGAAACAGAGGAGGACUAUGUCCUCAAGAUCAAGUCAGAGUACAGCAUCGCGAAGAGCCUGCAUCAUCCCAACAUUGUCGAGACGGUGCGACUGUGCACAGAUCGUGAUCGAUGGAACCACGUCAUGGAGUUUUGCACCUAUGGCGAAGUGUACACAUUGGUCGAGCGCAAGCUAUUUGCAGGUGGUGUCGAGGGUUUCUACAGCCGCGACGAUCGACUCUGCUUCUUCAAGCAAUUGCUACGCGGCGUCGACUACCUGCACAGCCACGGCAUUGCCCACCGAGACAUCAAGCUGGAAAACCUCCUCCUCAGCAAGGACGGCCACCUCAAGAUUUCGGAUUUCGGCGUGGCCGAAGUCUUCAGCGGCGAGCAUCCCGGCCUUCGCGCUUCGGGAGGCGAGUGCGGCAAGAACAUGGGCAAGAUUCGUCUCUCCGAGCCCGGCAUCUGCGGCAGUCUACCCUACAUUGCGCCCGAAGUGCUAGAAAAAGACCGGGCAUACGAUCCGCGUCCACUGGACAUUUGGUCCUGCGCCAUUGUCUACCUGACCAUGACAUUCGGCGGCUGUCCCUGGCAGGCCGCAAAACCGGAAUUCGAAUACUACGCCCGCUUCAAAAAGGGCUGGGACGCCUUCCUCGAACACCACCCCGACGGCGCCAUUUUCGACGGCGAAGACGGCCACCCGCGCUGCGGUAAGCUCUUCAGCCUCAUCGAGCCCCCCGCCAUCAAACGCCUGGUCUUGAAAAUGCUACACCCGCUCCCGGCUAAACGCAUCUCCAUUCACGACGUCGUCACCUCCACCUGCAUCCGGAAUAUCGCCUGCUGCUGCCCGGAAACGUACGACGACCCUAAAAUCGUGUUUGAUGCUUCCAAGGCGGCGAGUGUGCGCCAUGCCGCUACCAAGAAGUUUCUUCAUCACCAUAUUCCGCCCAAGCCGGAGAAUAAGGUGGGCAAGGCAUUGACGCAUCGUUUUGACAUGGGUGAGCGGUGA